UGUGACUCAAGAAACCAGAGAUGAUUAGAAUCACUUCUCCAAGAAGUGUAUUGGAUAUAGUUUGACCAGUAGUAUUGUAGGUUACAAUCAAAGGACAGUUCAAGGAGAUGAAACCAUUCAGUCAUAGACUAAACUGAAAAAUUAUAUGAAGGUCUCCAGAGUUAUUUGUGGGAGAGGAGCCACAAGAGUACUAAUGGUCUGGUUCAGAGUUCGGGACCUGUGAGGUUGGCAAUCAAGUGAGGGAAGAAUCCUGGGAGGGAGGGAGAGUAGAUGUUUUAAAAAUCUGUGUAAAAGAUGAGCACACUGAAGAUGUGCAUACAUGGAAUAAAGUAGAGAUUCUGAGGUGGCACAAAAAGAAGGUGAAUAUUUCAUGCUUCUUUAUGCUUUCAUUCCAGUGGAACAUCUUCUGUCAUGGUCUUGGGAAACCACAGCACCACCACAGAAUUCAUCCUCCUUGGGCUAUCUGCUGACCCUCACACCCAAAUUCUCCUCUUUGCAUUUUUCCUGGAAAUUUACCUCCUAACCAUCAUGGGGAACCUGAUGAUGAUGAUGGCGAUUAUGACUGAUUCCCAUCUCCACACCCCCAUGUACUUCUUCUUGAGUCACCUCUCCUUCCUGGAUCUUUGUUUAACUUCAGUCACUGUGCCCAAGAUGCUGGAGAAUCUCCUGUCUCAGAAGAAAUCAGUAUCCGUAGAAAGCUGCCUCGCUCAGGCAUUUUUUGUGUUUUCCAUCGCAGGGACUGAAACUUUUGUGCUCUCUGCCAUGGCCUAUGACCGCUAUACUGCCAUCUGCAACCCCCUGCUCUAUGACCAGGUGAUGAGUAAACAGUUGUGUGGGGGUCUGGUAUGGGUCUCAUGGGGACUGGGCUUUCUGGAUGCUCUCAUUAACACCCUCAUGGCUUGCAAUUUGGACUUCUGUGAGGCUCAUGUCAUGCCUCACUUCAGCUGUGAACUGCCAUCUCUAUUCUCUCUGUCUUGCUCUGAUAUCUCCACCAACUUUGCAGUCCUGGUGUGCUCUGCCAUCAUUCAUGCCUCUGGAACCUUACUCCUGGUCUUCUUCUCUUACACCCGUAUUAUCUCCACCAUCCUGAGCAUCACCUCCACCUCAGGCAGAAGCAAGGCCUUCUCCACCUGCUCCUCCCACCUCACUGCAGUGAGUUUCUUCUAUGGAUCUGCUUUUCUUCGCUAUCUCAUGCCAACCUUAAGUUCCCCACUGGAGUUAAUUUUUUCCAUACAGUACAGUGUGGUCACUCCUCUAGUGAAUCCCCUUGUCUACAGCUUGAAGAACAAGGAAGUAAAAGCAGCUCUGAAAAGAAUGUUGCAAAAAGGUUUACAACAGUUCAGAGAGCAGAGAAUAGGUAGAUUUGAAGGCUGAAACAGAAAAGGUACCAGAUGAGCCUGAAGCAUCUCGUAGCAACAGAAAGGAAGCACUCAACAACAACAACAACAACAACAACAACAAAACCCACAGUGAUAAAGGUAUGUUAAAGGGACACAGGAACCCAAUGAAAGAGACCCGGGUGACUAAGGAUGGGACAAUUUGAGCAACAAAAGAAACAACAUAACUUUAGAUUAUAACCAAAAGCAUA